AUAUGAUCAAUGGCAUCCAAACGGUUUCCUCAGAUGGUGGUCGCAAAUCAAAUCAGACCACGUGACAUUCCGUUAAAAUGAAGAAUGACAUUGAGGAGUCUACAAAUCUGUCUUAUGUCUUAUGUCGGCAUUUACCUCAGAAUUUGCUAAUACUUUUUGAUAUGGAGGACGGAAAUAGCGAGGUGGAUGGUUCAAUAGUAUAAAUUUUCUAAACACUCGUACCAAGAGUGCGGAAGACAGAAGUUAUUGCCUUACUCAUAAGGGUCAAUCUUGGGUUAAUGUGAUUUGAAAUGUCGGUAUCAAAUGUUUUAUUGUGAUGGCCGAGAGGCGUGCCUCCUGUUUAUGACCAGCUGUGUUCGUCCCUAAUGGAGGGAUCGAUUCUUUUCACAUCUUCUGAAGGUUCUGCAUGUGUGAGUUCUACCUCCACCUGUUAUUGUCCUCCUGGCUUCGAGAGUGGUGCUACCUUGGAAAUAAAACAAAAGCCGUUUAGGUACCUGCUUUAAUCGGACUUUAGUCUUUGCACCAUUGACUAUAACCACUGUGAAAGGGUUCAACCAGUUCAUUUGAUUAUGAGUUGCUAUGUAACCGGGACACAACAAGUUUCACGCCGCUCGUCCUGUCUGUGGGAACUAUUUCCUUGGUCCGAGAGAAUUGGACCGGGGUGGCCAAUGUCUGAGAAUAACUACAGAAGUACAGCGACUGUCCACCCUGUUGUCACUGUUUAAAGAGGAAUUUUCUUCGGACACUUUGUAGACAGGUCUUCAGCGAAGGCGUCAUUGAAAUUUUACCACCGUCCAGUCUUAUUUCUUCAGCAUCAUGAAUCUUCUCAAAGCUUUCAUCGCCUGGACGGUGUCGUCGUACGCCUGUCACCACACUGCCAAGGUCUUCCUCACGGAGGUCAGUGCGCUGACUCUUGUCCUCACUCCCGUGCGUGCGGCUGCAGUCCUGUCGUUGGUGCAGUUACUGUGUUGCUGUCUCGUCACCAAAGUGUCGCAGGACAAGUCGGUCAUCGUGGACGAUGCACAGAAAACGAAAAAGACGACAAAAGAUGACAAGGCUUGUUAUUACGUUGCUAUGACGAUGCACGUGCUGUCGACGUUUCUGACCAACUGGAGUCUGGCCAGAAUGGAAGCGGCCUCCACGUUGGCCAUCAAGCUGACGGAGCCCAUGGUAUCCGCGAUAGUGCAGUGGGUAUGGUUACGUGAGGGUCUCAACUGUCACGUGUGUGUCAGCCUCCCGCUGGUGGUUGGCGGCGCGUUGGUGUUCGUCUCCGAUGACGUCACGCUUGUUCAGCAGGCGCUGACCUCUGGCGUGAUGCUGGCCAUGGCAUCUAACGUACUACUGGCUGUCCGCAACGUGGCUAUCAAGGGACUGCACUCUCGUAAGCUAAACGUUAGCCUGAGGUGGAUGGGUUGGAAUCGCAUUAGUAUGACGGCCGGAGUGUCUUUCGUUAUCAUGGCGUCAUCAUCUACACUGGCCAUCCGUCGCGUGCUGUCGCCUGGCACCGAUCUGGCCGUGACGUCACUGCUGCUGUCGGGUGCGUUUCAUGUGACGUACUCGAUGAUCAGCACGAGCGUCAUCCUGCGAGCUCUGGACGUGGUCAGUCACGCCAUGGCCAACGUCAUCAAGCGCAUGUUAGUGGUGGCGCUGCUGUACGUCAGCGGGUCACGCAGUGCAUCAGGCGUCAACGCUGCGGGCCUGGCGGUGGCGAGUGUGGGACUCGCUGUGUACGUCAGAGGGAAAGCUGCAGUCAAAGCAGAGAGCUGGCGAUGCUGCCCUGUUGGUACUAAUAUCAAAGGUCACGUGUACCGAAAACUGACGGCGAGUAAUGGAAGAUGUCAGGUGUUGGCUGCAGCCCUCAUCAGUGCGGCAUUAUGCUUGUCUCUCACAUCUAUAAACACAUUGCGACCUCUGCACCUUACCUUGGGUUACCUGGGGGCAGACGACGACCAGCAGUCACUUCCGCUGACACCUGAGACACAGUCAGCUCCCUUUGGUCUCAACUGGCCAGGUCCACCACACAACGCCACACUCUUGUCACAGUGGGCCGACUUCCUGUCUCUGGACUACACCCAGCAUCCCUUCGACACGGACCGCCUGGCGCCUCAUCUCACCACCAACGAGGAGGUCAUCUGGGAGAUACAGCGGUUGCACAUGCAGGUGAUGACGUCAUUGCUGGGGGGACGACGUCACGUCAUGCUACUGGACUUUUCUACGUCAGAGAACAAAGGGGAUCCCGCCAUUACCGUGGGAGAGGUGGCGCUGCUGCGGAGACUCAACGUCACAGUGGUGUUCUACUGCUCCAUCUUCAUGUGCAGUGAUGCUAAGCUUAAAGAAGCACACAAAAUUAGCAGGAACUUCGCCCCAUCCUCCCUCAUGAUCCUUCUCCACGGAGGUGGCAACCUUGUGGGGUACCCGGAGUCGGACAUCUUGCGGAAAAAGAUCUUGAAUCUUUUCCCGGACUUCCAAAGCGUGUUGCUCUCUCAGAGCAUAUGGAUUCGCAAGGAUCACGAGAAGCAUCUGAACAUGUGUAGGGAGCUCUACUCCCACAGGGAGAACCUGACCAUCUUCUUGCGGGACAGACAGUCGCUGGGUCUGGCGCAGGAACAUUUUCCAGGGACGAAACUCAUGCUGAUGCCCGACAUGGCGUUUGGCCUGGGCCGUGUCCCGCGCACAAUGCCGCCUACUGUCGACAUCGUGUGGAUUAAGAGAGCAGAUGAUGAGUCUUCCAGGUAUAAAGUACCCGAGAUGCCUACUAACCUCAGCGUGCAAGUAGAAGACUGGUGGAAAUGGACGACAAACAAGGGGAGAACACCCAUGGAGUCUUCGUUUCUGAUAGCCUUUAACGGGUUGUCGUUCUUACAGCGUGGGCGCGUGGUGAUCACUGACCGACUACACGGCCACAUCCUGUCCGUGCUGCUGGGAAUCCCUCACGUGCUCAUCGACAACCCUCCCUACUUCAAACUCUCCUCCUUCCGUCGCACGUGGACGGCGGGGUUAUCCAACACGGUGCUGGUCACCACAGGGAAGGAGGCUCUGGAACAGGCACAACAACUUUUACAGAGAUACGAGAGUUCCCUCCCUUCAAUCAUGACUUAUUGGAAAGCAAAUUAUUAACAUACGCGUCUAUUUAGUUUUACCUUUUGGACUUUGUAAUUUAAUCACAUCAACCACUUAAAAGAAUUAUGAUCACAAUUAUUUUUGUUUUGAAACAAAAAAAAAAUUCGCUACAAUCGCUAAUAUUUUUGCAUCAGUGGAAAUUUCAUCAGACAUGUGCUGUCACUGUCUGAUGACUUAACAAACAAAUUAAUCAAGUAUGAAAUGGGCAGAUUAAUCGAGGGACAACUAUCCUUGAUCUUACUAUAUGAGGUGAGUCUGCACAAAAAAAAAAAAAAAAAAAAAAAAAAAAAAAACCUGGACUCGUGUCACAUACAAUUUAUUUCAAUUCCAAGCUACAUAAUUUCCUUAGAGUCCUCCCACUUCAAGUCUAAUGCACUUGUCCAUGUUUCUCCGCUGUGCUUCACUGUUGAAAAGAUUUUUCUGAGGUUCUUUCUACACGACAAUGCACCUGGUCCCACUGCCGAGCAUGCCACAGGUCCUGGUGUAGAAAAUCGCAGUACACGAACAAUAUCUCUAUUCAUCUGACUUUUCUCUGUGACUAUUUUUGAUUUUUCUAAAGUUCAAUGGGGUCAUCGAAGGACACGUUUUGAAUGCGUGAAAGUCAUGAUGGAGGUGAACCCUCUUGACGGAGCUGAUCCUAGUAGAAUUCUGUCAGCAGUGCAUAGAAGCAUUUGCACUGAUGGACAUUGUAAUCGAGUGUUUACUAUGAAAGGAAAUCCAUGUUUGAAAUUUAAAUAAAUUGUCUUUGACAAGAGUCCCGUUACUUUUCAUACAAACCAAGUACGUGUUCUGACAUUUUUAAGACCAUAUUUCUUAUUUUCCACGUGUAUUGUGUUGAUUUUGUGUUCGUAAAGUAACUGAUUUUUUUUAUUUGCAAGGAACGAUCUCAAUAAAGGUUUAUC